GAGAAAAAGAAACCCUGUCUUUCAGGGGCAGUGAUUAAAGUGUGCCCUCUGUCAGGUUCAUGGCCACCUUGUUCCUCUCCCGCGCGCGUCCGCGUCGAACGCGUGAGCGCGCGUUCGCGUGCGUGCGCGCGCCCGGCCGCUCGCCCGCGCCCGCUCGCUCUCGCUCUGCUGUUGCUGCCCUUUGAUCCCUGCAUUAGUGUUAGUUAGGGGCUCGAGACACACACACACACACACACACACUCAGAGAGAGAGAGAGAGAGGGAGAGAGAGAGGAGAGGAGAGCGGCCAUAGCCAAGACACGGCGACUACAACAACAGCACCUCCUCCUGCUGUACCGCUCCCAACACACACACACACACACACACACACACUCUCGGAGCGAAGCGAAGACGGCCAGGUGCACGCGGCGAGUCCCCCCGCCAUCGAGCUCGCUCCCGCGCCACAUUUCCAUGGCGAAGGACCUUUUCGCUUCUCGCGCCUGAGACCAAGCAGGAGGAGAAGAAGAAGAAGAACAAGAAGAAGAAGAAGAAUGUGAAAGACGAAGAAGACCAAAAAGAACAAGAAGAAGAAGAAGGUUCUUUUUUUUUUUUUUUUUUUUUUUAAAAAAAUGCCCAGGAGGAAACAGGAGCAACCGAAGCGCCUUCCUUCGCAUGCAGAGCCAGCUGAGGAUGGGGCGCUAGCGGGCAGCUCGGUGGUGGAGGACGGCUGGUUUGGGAACAAUUCCGACAGUCCUUCCACGUCGUCCUACGGCGAUGUGCAGGACGACCUGCGGGUGUCUCCGGAGGACGGGGCACGGCCGGACCGCGCCACCUUGGCCGGGAGCCCUCCAGGCUGCGCCACGCCUGCUCAGCGGGUGUCGCUGGAGCUGCUGGGGCUUGACGCGCGCACCUUGUCCACGCAGGACAUGUCCCUGGUGUCCUCUGUGUCGUUGUCAUCCAUGUGUGAUUCAGCUCACGGCCUCUCCAAACCACUUAGCAGCAAUCUACGCAGACUCCUGGAGUCCGGCUCGGUGAAGCUGGAAUCAGGAGAGCUCAUUGGGCGAGGUCUGGGCCGAGGGACGGAGUCUCCGCCUGCAGGCCUGGCUCUGUCUCCGUCCUCUCAUCACGCCCAGCAGCUAAGCGCCCUUGCACGCAGACUUGCCAACAGCAGUAACAAUGGAGUUAGCUCUGCCUCCACCUCGCCCGCGUCGGUGCCUGUGGUGAAGCAAGAGCCUGGAGACCCGUUCGGACCGGCUGAGCCUGCCAGCUCGGGCAGCACUAGCUUUGUUUGGGUUGGAAUGGCGGAAAAAUGGCCGCCGGCUGGAAGCCUGUCUCCCGAUUCGGCCAUUCAGAAACUGAAAGCCGCAGCCAAUGCUGUUCUCCAGGACAAGAACUCCACCUCUUCAUCUUCUUCCUCGUCCUCCUCUUCAGUCACCUCCUCCUCUUCUUCGUCCUCCUCUUCAUCCUCAGUGCCGCCACUCGGAGGGCGCUCGGAUGACUCUGUGCGCUUCGACUCCUUCGCGUCGCCCUUCAGCUCGCAGUCUGCCAGCUCCACGCUCGCCGCACUCUCCAAGAAAGUGUCAGAGCGAAGCCAGCAGCAGCAGCAGCCCUCGGCCGCCCCCUUUCUCUCUCUCGUCUCUAUGACCUCAUCAGCAGCGCUGCUAAAAGAAGUGGCGGCUCGGGCCGCCGGCAACAUGCUGGCCGAUAAAAAAGACCCGCAGCUGGCGACGGCCAACACUGAGGACUCUAAACCGCAGUUAGACAGGAACCACAAGGCCCCGACGCCCAACCAGAGCAUGGAGCUUCUGCUGCCCGCUGCCCCCAAGGGACGUGCCAAGCCCAGCAGCCAAGCAGGUUCACCGGAGGACAGCGGGAAGCCCUUCCAGUGCCCCGUGUGCGGCCUGGUCAUCAAACGCAAGAGCUACUGGAAGAGACACAUGGUGAUUCACACGGGUUUGAAAAGCCACCAGUGUCCUCUGUGUCCCUUCCGCUGCGCUCGCAAAGACAAUCUCAAGUCGCACAUGAAGGUGCACCAGCACCAGGACCGGGGCGAGACGUUCCAGUGUGAGCUGUGUCCCUUCACCUCAUCGCGCCACUUCAGCUUGAAGCUGCACAUGCGCUGCCACCAGCACUUCCCUCGGACCGAGCUCAAGGUCAAAGAGGAGCCGUGCACCGACGCCGAGGAAGCCGAGGCAGAGCAGGCGUCAGGCACGGGCACCUCGCCGUCUCCCGCUCUGUGCCACACCCCGGGCGAACCCUCUUCCAAUCACGCACACAUCAAAGAGGAGCCUCAGGACGUUGCGCUGACGCCGCCUUUCCCGCCGGUCAGAGAGCGACCGGCCAGCAGCAGCAGCUCACUGGAUCUGCCCAGGAUGAGCGCCAGUCCACCCGGUCCAGGCACGGGCACCCCGGCUGCCUCACUCUUCAGCCCCGACAUCAGCACCAAGACGGCCACCGACCUCCUUAUGAAGCUCUCCGCGGCAAACCAGAAGGAGGCGCUGAAGAGUGGCUUCUGCGUGAAGGAGGAGCCCGAGGCGGAGGAGGCGUUGAGUCCAGCGAGAUGUCCAUCGUUCAGUCUGGGCCACGAGGCGCCCGCGGUGCCAGGGAGGCCGCGCCAAGAGGGCAGCAUCCUCAGCCACGACAUCAACGUCAAGGUGGCGUCUGAGCUGCUCAUGAAACUCUCAGAGAACAGCAAAGACACCUGCCUCCAGAAAGUGACGGUAAAGGCGGAGCCCAUGGAGGUGGACCCACCCUCAGAAGUGGCUCCGCCCCCUUCUCACCUGCUAGGCUUCAGCACUUUAGGGGCAUGCGAGAAGAAGGAGCCAAUAGCUGGCCUUCCCGAGCCUCUGCCCCGCCCCAACAAAGACCUCUUCUCCCAGGACAUAUCGGUCAAAAUGGCCUCCGAGCUGCUCUUCAAACUGUCUGAAAAAGUAAGCAAAGCUAAUGAAAAUAAAGACAGCACAUCGUUUGGCAUGACCAGCCCUUUUCUGGACGACCGCUUUAGACAAUCGCCCUUCAGCACGCGCUCCAAGAGCUCUUCCCCAGCCGAGGCCAGCUCCUCCGCCCGAGCCUCCCAGCAGCAAGAUUCAGAGAAACCACUGUGCGAGACGGGCAACGGCCUGCCACAGUGGAGACUCAACGAGCAGCUCUUCCCCUGUCCGGUGUGUGGUAAAGUGUUCGGCCGCCAGCAAACUCUCUCCAGACACCUUUCCUUACACACAGAGGAGAGGAAGUAUAAGUGUCACCUGUGCCCAUAUGCGGCAAAGUGUCGUGCCAACCUGAACCAGCACCUCACCAUCCAUUCGGUCAAACUGGUAAGCACGGAUGCCGAGCACCUCGUUAACUCAGUCACCAGCGAAGGAGGAGAACGCAAAAACUGCCCCUACUACUACAGCUGUCGAGUGUGCGGUUUCCAGACAGAGCUGAAUGCACAGUUUGUGAGCCACAUGUCACUGCACGUGGAUAAGGAGCAGUGGAUGUUCUCGCUGUGCUGUAACUCCUGUGAGUACGUGGGAGUGGACGAGGCCGAGAUGAAGGCUCAUAUCAACGCUGAACACACAGGCCUGAAUUCCAGGAGUCCCCUGAGUGAGAGUAAGAGCACAUCGUCAUCUCUCUCGGCCCUCAGCGAUUCCCUGAACAGCUCUGAGAGCGGGGACAUUACCCAGGGAAGCGAGGAGCUCAAAAGUCUGUUGGCCCCGUCCUCAUCUGCCAGUAGCCAGUCGAGCUUGGCGUCGGGAACAGAGGAGAAAUCAGAAAAAGGCUUUGAAUGUGUGUUCUGCAACUUUGUGUGUAAGACGCGGGCCAUGUACGAGCGGCACCUGCAGAUCCACCUGAUCGCACGUAUGUUUGAGUGCGAUGUCUGCCACAAGUUCAUGAAGACGCCCGAGCAACUCCUCGAGCACAAGAAGUGCCAUACGGUCCCCGCUGGAGGGCUCAAGUGCCCUCUGUGCAUGUACUCCACCAGCAGGGCGGCGGCCAUGGAGUGCCACCUGAAGACGCACUACAAGACGGAGCACCGCUGCCGCAUCUGCCAGGCGGCGUGGGCGAGCCGGGCCGAGCUGGAGCGGCACGCGCGCGCCCACCGUCUGGGCAACCACUACCGCUGCGAGCAGUGUGGCUACCUGGCCAAGACGGCCAACAAGCUGAUAGAGCACGGACGUGUGCACACGGGCGAGCGCCCCUUCCACUGCGACCGCUGCAGCUACAGCUGCAAGCGCAAGGACAACCUUAACCUGCACAAGCGGCUAAAGCACGCACCGCGCCACGCACUUGGCUGCGCCCGCUGUCCCUUCACCACCACGCAUCCGUUCGUCUACAACCGCCACGUCCGCAAGCACCAGGCUGGGGAGGGCAGUACCCAGGAGGAGGCCCAGGCUUUCACGCCACGCCCACUCAGUGCUGAUGCCAUCAAUCCCCUUUUCCUGUCUGACGGUAGCAGUAGCAGCCCACUCAUGAGCCUGAGCGCCUCGCAGGCCUUGCAGUCGGUUGCCUUGUCUGUUUCGGGUAUGCUGCCUGCUGCCGCGCCCUCCCCCCACUACCUCUGUGCCAAUGGAGCUUCUCCUACAUCAUCGCCAACACUGGCGGCUCACUAUUUCGAGCAGUACAGGACCUCAGACCCAGCUCAUCUCAUACCUCUCACCACACUCUUCAGUGCUCGGCGCCGCUUCACAUUCCAUAGCCACGCCCCCUCACGCUCCUCUCCACCUUUCUCCAGACUCUGGCCCCGCCCAUCCUCACAGACCUCACCCUUGCACAUGUCCCCCAAACACUCCUUCCUGGCGUAUCUGGGACUGACGGAAAGAGCAAAAACCGUCUGAGCUGCCCAUCUCAUCUGAGCUACCUACCUCUACAUUUUUCUUUGUCAUUCUUCCUUCAUCUUUCCUUUCUUUCACUCGUCCCUGCAGCAUCUGGACAGCGGCUAGGAGUGAGCAGUCCUGCUCACGGCAGUUCUGUCCGUUGGCAUCAGGAGAACGCUGCUCCUGAGGAACCGAACGUACACAGUGUUUAUCAAAGGAAAAAAGGCUGUAUGUGCUCAAUGCAUUUAUAUCAAAGCUGCUUUUCUUUAUUAAUCUAAUUAUUAUGCUUUUUUUGUCUUUUUCUUUUCCGCAGAUUUUGAAUGACCAUGAAACAGAUAGUAGUGAUUUCCAUAGGAUUUUUUUCCUUCUAUGAGGAGGUAAAAAGAAAAACAAAAGAAGAUGCAAAUGUCUAAGCGCUCGACAUUUUUUUGUGCAUUAGUAUGUCUUUUUGCCAAGCAUCAGGUAGCAUGCUCGCCUAUGUGUUACGAUUGUUUUAUAUGUCAUUUAGGGACUCAAUACAAAAUAUCCCAGGGCGUUUGCAGCACGACAAAAAAAAGAGGAAAAAACAAUGACACGAAUUGCUUUCUUUCAAGUCUCGUUUUCAAAGCGACGCCUCAAACCAUGCACUUGAUUAUUUAUCGAACUGUAUAUAGUUUUGUAGCCGUUUCUCCCCACCCCCCAACCUCCACCGCCCCACAAUGUGUACUGGCGUCAAAUAGGUUUCAGGCUUGGUGACGCCAUUCCUGAAACACUGAUCUUGGCUCGUAAGCUGAAGGCUAUUUACCAGUCAUGCACAGCUGAUGGCAGAACAGUUUUAGCUUUUUUUUUUUUUUAUUAAAAAAGACAAGCCAUUCAGGGUGUGCCAGUGGUCCAAGCUAUCACAGCUUCCUCUGUAGGAGCAGUUCGUCCACCAUACAGCCCUGAAACCACAGCUCUCGCCAUUACUACACAUUGCCACAGACUGUGCCAAAAGCUAAUCAAGCUCAGAAGAUGAGUGACCAGUCGAGCCCUGUGCAUAGCUAUUGCAUUGUAACAUGCACCUAUACAUUUAUGAAGCUAUACGAGGUGACAGGUUGUUGGGGGAGAAAAUCCCACGUGUCCCGUCACACAAGGCCGAUUCAAUGGUGCUUUUUGGAGCUUUUUUAUCGUUUCUUUUUUUUUUUUUUUUUUUUUUUGGUGUAAAAAGGAGAAACUGUUCCAAAAUGACUUGAAUGAAUGUACUUUUCGUUGGUUCAUGUUAAAGUGAUACAGAGGUAGAGAGAGUCAAGAUAUGAAAAAUAGUGGUAUAUUGGUUUUGGUGGCCUUCUGUGUCUUAACAUUUCUGUUUUUGUUUGUUUUAUUUCCUACCAUUUUUUAAUGAGCCUAUAAAAUGUAAAAUAUAUAACUAUAUAUCCUGUACUAACAAGCUAUUAUGAAGAUCUCAUUGGAUAAUGGCUCUUAAGUGCAAUGUGGAGACAGCCGUUAUUUUUAAGGAGGGUUUGCAGAAGCACGGCUUUCUCUAAAGCAGGCAAACAUGGUACUAGUAUCCUGUGUUCCCCCUCUCCAUUUCCUUUUUUCCCCCAUUUUAAUUGCACUUACCAUGUUGACACAUUUCAAGCAAAAGCACUUAAGCCCAAUAACCAGUUUUCUUUGAUGCCACUUCCACCAACCUUGUCAGACCACAGCACUGGCAUAUACACAAUGUCUCACUUGGUAUCUGCCCUAUAGGUUGAGGAGAAGAAAUAAAUAUAAAGCUCUUAUUCACAGGUAUUGCCCAUGUUGGACAGCUCUGUUAAAGUGAAUCAUACAUUAGGAAAACAGUAGUUUUUCACCUGGCUACUGAAGAACCAGGCUAAAUUUGUAAGCGCCAGUUUUGCACUGUGCUGUAAAAUUGCACUUUUUCAAAUGAAUCAGUGGAUUAUAAGAAAAAAUCUGAAACUAGAAUCUGAAAUAGAAUCUGAAUUAGAAUCAGAAAUUAGUAAGAAAUAGCUCGAUCUAUGAUGAUAAGCUCUUAAGUGAAGUUUGGGAAUGAGUCUGAGGAAAUGUUCUAUAGUAAUGCUCCACUGUGUUUAGAGCUCAGUAAUAUAACACUAAAUUACUCAUCAGAUUGAUUUGUAUGAUUUUUUUUAAAGGCAAUCAUGGCUGUAUUUCUCAGGCCUAUCCAGAGAAAUAUCAAAAAGAUGCAUCUUAAUUAGCUGACUGCAUUUUUGCACAAUAGUCAAUGAAUUAGCCCACAUUUUAUUUAAAGACUGAUUUAUUUAUACUUAUUAAUACCAAGACUAUACCAGUAACCCUACAUUAACACUAGCAAGCCACAAAUUCGACGAUCGUGCAUGAUACAGAGAUAUUUCCGUGGCAAAGAUCAUUUCAACUGAGAUUUUCUCAAUUCUAUGCAAAUUAUGUACGACACAGUAAAGCAACAAAUCCAAACUGUUGCCUGGAAUAAUCCUCGAACCAAUCCUGUGGCCCGUGUGGUCCAAUGUUUUAGUUCCUCAUUUGUAACUUUAGUUCCCGUUUCCCUUUGCUGCACUUGUAACUGUGGUUUUGUCUUAUCCUGUCAUAUACAUCCUCUCAUUAAAUGUGUACAGAGAUAUUACAAAGAAAAAUAAAGCUUGGAAGGCAACAAUGGCGAUCGUUGUUGCCGAUGGUGAGCGUACAUAGUUAGUACAGUUUGCUUGCUUUGCUUUUAAUCUAGCAACAAAGCUAGUACAAACACUAGCGCAUAAUACAUAAAUCAAAAACAAGAGUUUAAGUUGUAUAGUUGGUUGUGUGUUUUGGCUACUAAUGUUUCUUGAUGGAAUUAAAAAAAAAAACACACACACACACACACACACACACACACACACACACAAAUAACAGCUGUAGCGGUGGCUACACACCCACAAGUGUCUUGCCACCUUCUAGUGUGAAUGUGUUGCAAGUCUGUAUAUUCAACUUACAGCAAAAUGAAUAAUUAGUAUUCACCAUAAUGCCAGAUGUAAUUGUUAGCUCUGCAUGAACAUCUUUGCAAACCCCAAGUUCACGUGCAGAUAAAGGGACUCUUAACCCUGGAGCAUUACUCAUAGCUGACCCUCGCCUCAUCUCUCCACUGCUGGCUCCCUAAUUAAGCUUAGUCUUCUUUGUCUUCGGAGAAGAUGAAUCAGAAUGAAGAUGUGAAUUUUUAUGACCAAGUUGUGAACUUAUAAAUGCAGACUUGCAUCUCGCUCUCAAGUUGGUUUGACCAACAAGCUAUCUUUCCCCCCCCACUUUCUUUCAUUUUCCUCAUUUUCAUCCCAUGUUAUUAACUUUUCUCUGCACACAUGCUCAGCAUGCAGACGAAGUGCUAUAACAUGCGUCAUGCGGAGCUCCUGAUCAUUACUGACGCUCCAGCUCGAUGCGUUCUUUUAUGCUCUAGUGCCACUUGGUGGAAAAGACGUGGCCUGGAAGGCCCAAGAAGGAGUCAGACUGAUUCUCGGGAUGAUGAUGGCUGGAGCUCGGUCCUGUCCGAUUGUGAGGGCGGGAAAUGGAGGAUAGAAAUCCCUCUCUGUGCUGCCACCAGUACUCAAGCACUUAUUCUUAUGUUUCUUUUGCCUAAAAGCAAAGGGGCAGUGCUUUUUUUUUUUUUCCUCCCCCCCCCCAACAUCAUUGUGCAUUACAUGAGACUACCUUUAUAGCCCUACAAAAAAUGCAUGAUAUUGAUCGCUCUUUUCUAACUUGUAGCACUUACGUUCAUUCUUCGUUAAAAAAAAUACUCGGUUUGCAUUUACCUUGAUAUUUUCUUUUCCAGCACAUUCUGUUUGCUUUGCGUUUGUUGUUGUAUUUUAUGACUCAGUAAGGCUCAAUGAUCAUUUUGUUUUUGUUUGUUUGUUUGUUUGUGUUUGGCACUCAGUAAAAUUAUAUGCUGUAAAAUAAAGCUUUUUUUAUUACUUCAUUCCUAAGGCUGUACAGGGUUGUUUGUGACAAUAACUGGUAAUUAGACCAUUUGUACCUACAUUUUUGUUUUGUAUAUUUUUUUUUCCUCAGUUUGGCAUUUCUUAUGUUCAGAUUGCCAGUUCUAAAUGUAACAAGAUUUGAAAGUAAAGCUUACAUCAGAUA